AUGACAGAUGACAUGGGACAAGCCUUAACAAUCUCUGCCCUUGUGCUGGUAUCCCUCUUUUGUAUGGGAUGCUGCCUAGUUUUAUUUCGAAAAAUGUACAAAAGUGCCCAACGGCAACGACUUGUAUAUGAUCAAUAUUUUGUCAGCUACAUGAGAGCCAGAAACUAUGCUGUGCUUCCUGAAAACUCAGUUAUUAUUGAAGAUGAGCUAGAAAGAUGAUUUCCACGAGCUCCUUUUAACAGGCAAAUGGUGCAAGUGAGCGAAAGCACGUGUUGCAUUUGCUUUGAAGAGUAAAAUUUAUACAGUUUCGCAGACGAUGCUUCUGUGAGGAAACUUACAUGCAAGCAUUUAUUUCAUGUUAAAUGCAUUGACGACUGGUUUCAACGGAGGGAAGCCCCGAUAUGCCCACUUUGUAAAGUCAAUCCGUUCCUUCCUGUGGAGCAGCCUCCUAUCCCACAAGUAAAUGAGCAUCUAGAAGCUCAGCGGGGAGAAACUGAGCAGGGAGAUCAUGCUGCUAUUUUAUCAGGAAGGGAUCUCGAAGACGAAGUUUCGUUUACUUUGCCAUAA